UAAGCUGUUCUGCCUUCACUUUUUGGCGGGGAGGAAAGUGAAAAUGAGAAAUCCCCCCUUUUACCAAACAAUCCCUUGAAAUUCUUGAAAUAUUUUUCCCGCUGAUAAAAAAGUUAAAACAAAAUUAAAAAAUACGAAGUACUACCCUGUAUCCAUCAACAGGAAUGACAAAAUAAUCACAGAGAUUUCUGGGUUAUUUUCACCAAAUGUGGGAAGUUUGAACUUUGAAGAAGUUGCAAGUUUGUUGAUCUUGUUGGGUAGUUUGGUUGCUCAAAAGCUUCUGUUCUGGUAAAAAACUGGCAUAGGGGUCUGAAGGUAGAAUGAUGAAGCUUUUUAGGGUUGUAUUGGUAUCCCUAUAUUUGGUUUCUACGAUGGGGCAGCUUCCAUCACCGGACAUUAUAUCAUUGCUUCAAUUUAAGAAGGGUAUUAAGCAUGACCCUACUGGUUAUGUGUUGAAUUCAUGGAAUGAGGAGUCCAUUGAUUUCAAUGGGUGUCCAUCUUCUUGGAAUGGAAUUGUUUGUAAUGGUGGUCAUGUUGCCGGGGUUGUUCUUGAUAACUUAAGUCUGUCUGCUGAAGCAGAUUUGAGUGUUUUUGCUAACCUUACUAUGCUGGUAAAACUUUCAAUGGCAAACAAUUCAAUUAGUGGUAAUCUCCCUGAUAAUAUAGGAUCCUUUGAUAAACUUCAGUAUUUGGAUAUCUCAAACAACCUUUUUGCUGGCUCUUUACCUUCAGAAAUUGGUGGUUUAGCCACUCUACAGAACCUUUCAUUUGCCGGAAACAAUUUCUCUGGACCGAUUCCUGAUUCUAUUUCGGGACUCACUUCACUCGAGUCUCUUGACUUGAGCCGCAACUCCUUUUCCGGCCCUUUGCCUUCUUCAUUGACAAAGCUAGGAAGUUUAGUUAAUCUGAAUUUAUCUGACAACGAAUUCAGGAACAAGGUUCCAAAAGGGUUUGAAUUGCUUUCAAGUCUUGAGGUGCUUGACUUGCAUGGGAAUAUGCUUGAUGGAGAUCUUGAUUACGAGUUUUUGCUAUUCUCAACUGCUAUUCAUGUUGAUUUAAGUAACAAUCAACUUGAAAAUUCUGGUUCGAAGAAGGAGAAAUUCCUGGCUGGUAUUUCUGAGACGGUAAAGUAUCUGAAUCUCAGUCACAACAGGCUUACUGGAUCACUAAUUGGUCAAACUCAGCUCUUUGAGAAUCUGAAGGUUUUGGAUUUGAGUUACAAUAUGUUCUCAGGAGAGUUGCCUGAAUUCAACUUUGUUUAUGAUCUUGAGGUCCUCAGGUUGAGCAACAACAGGUUUUCAGGGUUCGUUCCUAAUGAUUUGCUGAAAGGAGAUCCCGUACUUCUUACUGAGUUGGAUUUGAGUGGCAAUAAUCUCACAGGUUCAAUAAGCAUUAUCAUGUCUACAACGCUUCGGACACUUAAUCUGUCUUCAAAUAGUCUUUCUGGUGAGCUGCCACUGCUGACUGGAGACUGUGCUAUCCUUGAUUUAUCAAAAAAUCAGUUUCAAGGGAACUUGUCAAAAUUGAUAAAAUGGGGAAACGUUGAAUUCCUUGAUCUCAGCCAAAAUCGUUUGACAGGUCCUGUUCCUGAAACAACAUCUCAGUUUUUGCAUCUAAACUAUCUCAACCUUUCCCAUAACUCCCUCAGUAGCAGUCUCCCAAAAGUUGUGACACAGUUCCCAAAACUUAGUAUCCUGGACCUAAGUUUCAACCAAUUAGAUGGACCUUUUCAGAGUGGUUUAUUAACUAUGCCCACUUUGAAAGAAUUACAUCUUGCUGGAAAUUCUUUUGUUGGAAGUAUUAAGUUCUCUCCUUCCCCAGAUCAAUCCAAUCUCCGAGUACUCGAUCUUGCUGAUAAUCAUUUAGGUGGCUACUUUCCAGACAGAUUUGGUUCAUUGACUGGUUUAGAGGUGCUUAAUCUUGCUGGAAAUAAUUUUUCGGGUUCUUUGCCAACUUCUAUGAACGAUAUGAGUUCGUUGACUUCUUUAGAUUUAUCUGAGAAUCACUUUACUGGUUCUUUGCCAACUAACUUGUCUAGCAACCUUCAAAGCUUUAAUGCAUCAUACAAUGACCUUUCUGGGGUUGUUCCAGAGAAUCUGAGAGUAUUCCCUCGUUCAUCUUUCUACCCUGGAAAUUCUAAGCUACAAUUUCCCAAUGCACCUCCUGGAACAGAAAGUUCAGGUGGAAACUCAAAGAGGAAAUCAAUGAAGAACCUGAUUAAAGUGAUAAUCAUUGUUGCAUGUGUGGUUGUGUUUUUCAUUUUGAUUUUGCUUGCCAUCUUCGUACAUUAUAUUCGCAUCUCAAGAAGACCUAUAUCUGAUGAUGAUGUCACUAAGAAAGAUGUCAAGAGGAAGGUGCCACCAAGUAAUCCCUCCGGCAUUGGUGGGACCCGGAAUUUGGUUGUUUCAGCUGAAGACAUUAUCACCACCACCGCCGCCAAGAAAGGUUCCUCGUCUGAGAUAAUGAGUAGUCCUGAUGAAAAAGCUGGCAUUGUAACAGAUUUUUCUCCAUCUAAAACUAGCCAGUUAUCUUGGUCACCAGAAUCUGGAGAUUCUUUUGCCAAACUUGAUGUGAGGUCACCUGAUCGGUUAGCAGGCGAGUUAAAUUUUCUUGAUGAUACCGUAUCUUUGACACCCGAGGAGCUGUCAAGAGCUCCAGCAGAGGUUUUGGGUCGUAGCAGCCAUGGAACUUCUUAUAGAGCUACACUGGAAAAUGGUAUGUUCUUAACUGUGAAGUGGCUUCGAGAAGGUGUUGCGAAACCAAAGAAGGAUUUUGCCAAAGAGGCUAAGAAAUUUGCGAAUAUAAGGCAUCCUAAUGUUGUUGCAUUGCGAGGGUACUACUGGGGACCUACGCAGCAUGAGAAACUUAUUCUGUCAGAUUACAUUUCACCUGGAAGUCUUGCAAGUUUUCUUUAUGACCGACCAGGGAGAAAAGGUCCGCCAUUAACCUGGCCACAGAGACUGAAAAUCGCAGUUGACGUUGCACGUGGUCUGAACUAUCUCCAUUUUGAUCGAGCUCUUCCUCAUGGUAACCUAAAAGCAAACAACAUAUUAUUAGAUGGUCCUGAUUUGAACGGAAGAGUAGCAGAUUACUGUCUUCAUCGUCUCAUGACUCAAGCUGGAACCAUUGAGCAAAUCCUUGAUGCUGGUGUUUUAGGUUACAGAGCACCAGAAUUAGCUGCUUCUAAGAAACCACUACCAUCUUUCAAGUCUGAUGUCUUUGCCUUUGGAGUUAUAUUGUUGGAGUUGUUGACUGGUAAAUGUGCUGGUGAAGUUGUAUCUGGUGAAGAAGGAGGUGGUGUUGAUUUGACAGAUUGGGUUCGGUUACGGGUUGCUGAAGGACGGGGUUCUGAUUGCUUUGACUCUGUGUUGACUUCGGAAAUGGGAAAUCCUACUGUUGACAAGGGUUCAAAGGAGGUACUUGGGAUUGCUUUACGUUGUAUACGGUCAGUUUCAGAAAGACCAGGUAUUAAGACUAUAUAUGAAGAUCUUUCAUCCAUUUAGUUUUUUUUUUUGGGAAUUUUGAUUUUUAGAUGUUCAUGGAAUUGGAUAUGUUAGAGAAGUUUCACUUUUUGAGUGUUAGUUUUUGUGUAGGCGGGGGUGGGAGUCGUUCUCUUGAAUGAUGGUUGUACAAAAUGAGCCAUUAUUCAAUGUUUUUUGCAUUUUGAGAUUAGAUUCCCAUAUGUAAAAAGAAUUGCAGAUAUCACUUUGCAAAUGUCUUAUUGGCAAUGUGAAAUCCUUCAAAUUGUUAAUCAAAUUUCUUGCUUGAUUCUGAA